AAAGUUGCGAAAUCGCAGAAUGCAAAUUUCAGUAAGAAAAUAAUAAAGCUCUUGGCAACCCCGACUUCAAAUGAUCAUAUGUGAUUGAUGAUUUAGCUAACGUGAUUUUUACCUUUUUUAUUGUAUUUCUAUUUUUCUGGUUUAUUGUUUUCUAACUAUAUGACGAAAAUAUUUCACUUUAGUGUAUCGCUGUAGAAUCUUUCAAUUGAAUGAAAAUAAAUACAAUAAGGAAAAGGAUGGAAACGGAUUGCUUCUAUGAGGUUGAAAAGAUAUUGAAAAAACGUGUGAGAAAGGGUGUUGUAGAAUACUUCAUCAAAUGGAAAGGGUAUGGCUCCAAAAGCAAUACUUGGGAACCUGGAAGUAAUAUACUUGACCAUACUCUUAUCAAAAAUUUAGAAUUCAAAAAUAAAAGAAAGUCUAAAAAAUGUAGAAAGACUCUUAUUAGUGGUGAUUUAGCCAAGACUCAUCUGAAAAAUUCACCCAAUGAAAUAUGGCAAAAUGAAAUUUCAACUAAAUGUAAUACUUCAAUAGACAAAUCUAUCGAACAAAAGCAACAUGAACCCAAAAAAACUGUCAAACCUAUUGUCAUAGAACAAGAUAGGUUUGGGACUCAAAGUAUUGAUAUUGCUCCUGAAGAAGAUGAAACUGAAAAUCUGGAGCAGUUAUUAGAAGGGAAUAUUGUCCUUCAAUUUGAAGAUGGUCUAGUUUUCAAUUCCCAGAAUUUUGAAAAAAAUACAGCAGAUCAGAAAUAUAUGUUUACAGAAGAAAUUGAUGAAGACUCUGCAAGCGUUAUAAUUGAAAAUGUGAAUCACGUUUUAGAAGGAGAUAUUGCUGUAGAAUUUGGAGGUGAUCUAAUUUUAAAUUCAUGGAAUGCUGGAAAAACUGCAGAUCUGGAAUAUAUCUAUACAGAUCACAUUGGUGAAGAAUCGGAAAGAGAUGGAGUUGAAAAUGUUAAUAAAGUUGCACAUCUAGGUAUUGAAUAA